AAGGGAGCAACAGCAGCAGCAGCCUCUCUCCCUCGUCCCUCUGGCUCUGGGCGGCCAAACUAUUCGCCCAAGUCCAACGAGCAAAACGAAAUAUACAACCCGUUUCCGGUAGAGGCCAAUCAUCGCAUACACGUUACAUCGCCUCCGCCUGUAGCGAUUUUGAGCUUUUAGAAAAAGAGAAGUCGCGGUUUGGUGGUGGCGAUCGGCCGAUGAUAUAUGGGGCGUAGUCUUCUCGGUGGGUUUGGUCUCUAGCUGGACGGGGAGGGAAUCGGUCGUCGCCGUGCGCGCGUGCUUGGGUUUGGGUCUUGGGUUGGGUGAUCUCGAUCCAUCCAUGGCGUCCACGGCGUACACGCGGCCGUCCAAGCCGCCGGGGCCGGUCGGCGACCGGAGGCAGCCGCGGCUGGCCAAGGAGCUGGGCAGGAUCGAGCCCAAGAAGCUGGGCAUCGGGCUCGUCGCCGGCUGCUGCCUCGCCCUGCUCACCUACAUCUCCUUCGCGCGCCUCUUCGCCAUCUACUCGCCGGUCUUCGAGAGCUCGUCUUUGGUGGUGAAGAACGCGCCGCCUGCGUCGAUGACCGUGCCGAGCACGGACGGCGUGCCCGUCCAGGAGAAGAUCUUGGUCGACGAGGAGAAAGAGAUGGCUAAAGAUGAGGCGGAGUCGAAAGAGCCAAGCUUUCCAGAGGAGGCAAAGAUCGAAGACAAGGAGGAACCUUUCCAGGAAAGUGAAAAGGAGGUGGCCGUACUAGCGAAGCUAGAUGGUGGCGCCGCAGCAGCAGAGGCCAAGAUCACCUGCGACGAGAACGCCGUCGACGAAGGCUUCCCUUACGCGCGCCCGUCCGUCUGCGAGCUCACAGGCGAAGUCAGGAUCAGCCCGAAGCAGAAGACCAUGUUCUUCGUGAAUCCAACUGGCGCCGGCCCAUUCGACGAGAACGCAGAGAAGAAGAUCCGGCCGUACGCCCGCAAGGACACCUUCCUGCUCCCGGGCGUCGUGGAGGUCACCAUCAAGUCCGUACCAUCUGCCUCCGCCGCACCGGAGUGCUCCCGGCGGCACGAGGUCCCCGCGGUGGUCUUCUCCACGGCAGGGUACACCGACAACUUCUUCCACGACAACACGGACGUGAUGAUCCCGCUCUUCCUCUCGGCGGCGCACUUCGCCGGCGAGGUGCAGCUCCUCAUCACCAACUACAAGCCGUGGUGGGUGAAGAAGUACGCGCCGCUGCUCAAGAAGCUGUCCAACUACGAGGUGAUCAACUUCGAAAAGGAGGAGGCGGUGCACUGCUUCCCCGGCGGGCAGCUCGGGCUGUACCGCGACCGCGACCUCAUCAUCGGCCCGCACCCGACGCGCAACCCGCAUAACUACACCAUGGUCGACUACAACCGCUUCCUCCGCCGCGCGUACGGCCUGCCGCGCGACGUCCCCGCGGUGCUCGGCGAGAAGACCGGCACCAGGCCCAAGAUGCUGAUGAUCGAGCGCAAGGGCACGCGGAAGCUGCUCAACCUGCACGCCGUGGCGGCGCUGUGCGAGCAGCUCGGGUUCGACGUGACCGUGUCGGAGGCCGGCGGCGAGGUCCGCGAGUUCGCGGAGAAGGUCAACUCCGCCGACGUGCUCCUGGCGGUGCACGGCGCCGGGAUGACGAACCAGAUCUUCCUGCCGACGGGCGCCGUGCUGGUGCAGAUCGUGCCGUGGGGCAAGAUGGACUGGAUGGCCACCAACUUCUACGGCCAGCCGGCGAGGGACAUGCAGCUCCGGUACGUGGAGUACUACGUGUCCGAGGAGGAGACGACGCUCAAGCACAAGUACCCCAGAGACCACUACGUCUUCAAGGACCCCAUGGCCAUCCACGCGCAGGGAUGGCCGGGGAUCGCCGAGAUCAUCAUGAAGCAGGACGUCGAGGUGAACAUCACCAGAUUCAAGCCCUUCCUUCUCCAGGCGCUCGACCAGCUGCAGGACUAGGAGGAGGGACAGCGGUUUGGUCUUUUGGUUUGUGCGCGCGGUACAUUUUCGUUGGGGACAAAUUUCGAUAGAGCACACCUACUUGGGAUCUAGCAGAGUUUCGUUUUGUAAGUUCAGUCAAAGUCAAUUUAUUUCAUUGCUGUUGUAUACUAUACGAGUCAUCAAAGUGCUGACCAAAACACUCAGAAUGCAAAGAGACUUGAGAUGUAGUCAUCCGAGGCUUCUCCUUUUACGAUACACAAGAUAUGUAUAUUGAUGAAGGAUGAAAAUUGUUGCUCUGUUUCGUGAUUUCGUUUA